ACAACGGUUCCCACUAGAUUCAAGUUCUAGCUGUAGCUUCGCCGCUGGUGUAAAGAAAAGGUAAAGUCACUUCCUUAUUUUACUCCGUUCCUUCCAAGAAAAAAGGUAAAGGAAGGAGAAAGCAACCGGCCGGCGGAAGGAAGGAAAAAAAGCGCAGUCACGGCGUCGCCACCGUCACACCCUCACGGAGAACUCUUCACCUUCAAGCCUUACAAUAAAACCCCACACGGUAAUUAAAUAAAAGAAUCUAAUUUCUCAUCAUUCCCUUUUCCCACCAAAUUCUCCUCCAUCGUUUCGGUUGGGCUGCUUCAACGCCAGAAGAGAAAGAAAACAAAAAAGAAAGGAGGAUUCAGCAACAAGGGAGACGAGCAAAAGGCAAAGCUAGAGAGCCGGAGAGAGAUCUCAAGUUAAUGAUUCUCACGUCCAUUUGCGAGAAAGACAAAAAUAACCCAACCAACAGCACGAUUCUCUUCCCCCCACCCUUGUGCCGAUUCCUUCAAUCCAACUCCAUCUUCCCCCAAAUCUUCCCAUCUAAACCAAAAGCUCCAAUCUUUUCUUCUUUUUUAAUUCACAACCCAAUUGGCAAAAAAACAAAAAUUAUUAGAAAAGGAGGGUAAAGCCACUUCCUUUUCGCUUGCCAGCAAUGACCCAAGUCCAGGUGCUUCAUCAAUCUCCUUCCCAUUUCCCUUCCUCCCCAACCACCACUACUUCUAACCCUUCUCCUCCUUCUCCUCCUGCUCCUUCUUGCCUUGGGGAUACUGUCGAGCCGGUGGAUGAGGGUGCUGUGGAAGAGUGUGAUUUGUUGAAAGAGAGUGAGAAGAGGCGAAGGGAUCAGCUCUCGCUGUUGGCUCUGCUGGUGACUCUGUUCAGGAAGUCUGUGGUGACUUGUAAGAGCGAAAGGAGGGAGCUUUGUGCGAUGGAGAUCAGUUGGCCUAGGAAUGUGCGCCAUGUGGCUCAUGUGACCUUUGAUAGGUUUAAUGGGUUCCUGGGUUUGCCUGUUGAAUUCGAACCUGAAGUGCCCAGAAGAGUUCCCAGUGCUAGUGUGACUGUUUUUGGGGUUUCCACAGAAUCGAUGCAAUUGUCAUAUGACUCCAGAGGGAAUAGUGUGCCAACUAUACUCUUGUUAAUGCAACGGCACCUGUAUGGCCUAGGCGGUUUGCAGGCUGAGGGGAUUUUCAGAAUUAAUGGAGAAAACAGUCAGGAAGAGUACGUAAGGGAUCAGCUAAAUGGUGGAGUGGUACCUGAAGGUGUUGAUGUGCACUGUUUGGCUGGACUUAUCAAGGCAUGGUUUAGAGAACUUCCAACUGGGGUUCUGGAUUCUUUGCAACCCGAACAGGUUAUACAAUCCCAAACUGAAGAAGAGUGUGCUGAGCUUGUGAGGCAUCUGCCUCCAACUGAAUCUGCUCUCUUGGAUUGGGCCAUCAACUUGAUGGCAGAUGUUGUCGAGCAAGAACAUCUCAACAAGAUGAAUGCACGCAACAUAGCCAUGGUGUUUGCACCAAACAUGACUCAGAUGGUGGAUCCUUUGACAGCACUGAUGUAUGCAGUCCAGGUGAUGAACUUUCUAAAGACACUCGUCUUAAGAACACUGCGAGAGAGGCAAGAUUCUGUAGUGGAGCCCACACCAGCUUCACGACUCGGGCCAUUCGAUGGAAGUGGUCACCAAAGCCCCUCCCAGCCCUUCUGUUUACACACUGGCCAAGACACUGAAACAACCCAAAGCUUAAGUGAGGAUGAUGAACCUGUCAUGGAACAAGGCUCCAGCCACUGGACUCAAGAAGAUACCGGUGUCAAACAUGACGAAGAACAAGACUGCAGUUUAAUUUGCCAUGGUGAGCAGUCGAGUGAGAUUCUCCCUAACGUGGCUGAUGAAACUCCCAUUGUCGAGACUGAAGCUGGUGAUGAAGAAAGCAGUCGAAGAUCUAGGACCGAUGCCCAAUCUAGCAACUCGAACCCCAGAAAGAGAUCUGGCAAAAUGACUAGGGAGCAGCGACAAGCAGUACUUCAUCUGACACCGCCACAGGAUUCCGUUCUUCAUUUAGCCUCUUUGGUCGAGAAGACGCGGGAGAUGAGCAAUUUGAGCCGUAUAGACUCGAGGACAGAGCGCAUCGAAGCCUGGCGAUAAAUCCAUUCGAGAGAUAACUGAGACAAAGACAAAGUCAUUUUCAGCCAGCCCAUCAUCAUCUUGGUGGCUCUGUGUCUCCUCUGGGAAACACUUAUUCUCUGAUUUGUUUCUAUGUAUGUUUCUCUUCUCCUUAUGUUUUGAGUGGUUUGCUUGCUUCCUAAGUUUCAUGCAUAUAUGCUUAGUGUGUGAGGUAAAACUAACACCUUCUUCCCUCUAGUGUGUUCCAUUCGUAUUACCCUCUCUAACUCGGUGUGAUAUUCCAUCGGCCACAAUAUCGAUGACUCUCGACUUACUCUUGUGUUCUAUGAUCAAUGUCAUAUUCAUGUUGAUAUAGAUUGAAGCACUGGAUUCAAAAACCAUGCAUAUUGUGUUAGAUGUUGAUAGUGAUUAGCGAGUAUGACACAUGAAACCACAUGGGGUGAAAUGUAGUGGCAGAAGGCUGUCAUACGACAAUGGUAAUUUGGCUACAGAAAGCAGUAGUGACCAU